CUGCCUCUCCCAUGAACGCCUCGAUGCCGAUAUCGAUACUGAUAAGACAGUGCAGCAGAUAACAGCCAGCGCCGGCGCAGAAAAAGAACAAGAAAAUAGAAUAUUCCAGCCCUCCGCGCAAGCGCUUUGCCACUUUGGGCCCCACGACAACCCAUGACAGCCUAAACUAGGCGAUGCACCAGCCGCGGGGUCUCCUUCCAGCCAGCCUCUUCCCUCUCGUUAGACUCUGCUUUUUCUUUCGCCGAUCAGCCUUCCGUGGACAUCGAAGAUUCAGGAAUCCCCCUCUGUCCCUUGUAUAAAAAAAACAGCGUUGAAGGUUCACGCAGCUCUCGCGCCAUCACGAACAAACCUAGAGCCUCAGGCGUUAAUUCUCAGCUGCUGACAUGGCCGCUCAACAAACCCCCAAGCAGCGCCUCGCGCUCGCCAUCUGCGACUUCCUCUCCACCUCCACCACCGACGGCACUCUCACCGCCGAGGACAAGGACUCCAUCGACGUCUUCAGCAAAUACGAGUCCUCCAACUCCUCCUCAUCCUCAGCAGCCGCCUCGGCCUCUGCGUCCACUCCCGCAGCAACCUCCGCCUCAACCUCCUCGCCCGCCUCCUCAACCCCCGAGCCCUCCGACGCCCAGAAGAAGGAAGCCGAAUCCCUCAAGUCCAAGGGCAACGCCGCCAUGGCCCAGAAGGACUACGCCUCCGCCAUUGACCUCUACACCCAGGCCCUGGCCCUGCACCCCUCCAACGCAGUCUUCCUCUCCAACCGCGCCGCCGCCCACUCCGCCGCCCGCGACCACCAAUCCUUCGUCAUCAAGGGCCACUCUAGCCGUGUGCCUGUGUGGCAUCACAGCUGUAUGCCCAACAAAACAAACAGAAACAAAAGACCUACGUCCUCAUUUAGAUAUGACUAUCAGGCGCAAUGACCUCAGCGUAGUUAAUGAAUUGUAAAUAUAGAGAGCUAAACGGAGCCCUCAAUUUUCACUUUUGAUUGUCUUAGUAUUACUCGGAGCUAC